AUGUCGUCUCGCGUCACGAUCGACCCGACAAGCACCUCCCUCUUGCACACACCAACCAACGACGCCGUCCAUCCAGCAGCUCUUGAAGCAUUGACCUUCACAAACUAUAGUCCCCGCGAGAUUCAGGCCUGCAUAGACUCGACCAUCAUGACAUAUCUCCAGCAACAGCAGCAGCAACAACAGCAACAACAGCAGCAACGUCAGCAUAUGCUAAAGCAGCCCCCACCACUUCCACCUCACGUACGUCCUAACCCCCAGCAUCAACAGCAUCGACAUCAACAACAACCACACAACCAGUCUUUGUAUCAACAGCACCAGCAUCGGAGCCAACAACAUCAGCAUCAACUUCAACAUCAUGGCAGAUUACCCGCAUUUCAAACAGAUAAGGUACAACAACCCAUCCAUGCGGGAACUGGAGUCAGGAUAUCGCUCCCGCACAGUCCAAGGGAUCAAACAAGGGAGGGGGAGCCCACUGUGACAUCGCAGGGUCACACAAAUGGUCAGUCGAAGCAUGACCAAUUGUACCCCCUAGAAUGGAAGAACGAUAGCAGGCACAGUGACGAUGAUAGUGAAUACGAUGACGAAGAAUACAGCGAGUAUAGCGAUGAGAUCGCAGAUCACGACGACGACCAGGAGGAGGACAGCGAGAUGGAUGAUGAUGAAAGCCUUUAUGGGAGCGACAGCGAUCACACUGAGCAGGGGCCGCCCUGCCACAACACCCUCAGAUCGCGCCCUGAUAUUUCGAUGGCCGUCAGCGUAUCCACCAACCAGAGCAAGAGCGCCGGUAGCGCUCAGAAGGUACAAGAGGAGUUGGUCAGGCAGAUGACCAUUGCCGUAGGCGCCUGGAGCAAAGAUGGCAAUAAUGGCAUGGCACAUUCCUCUGCUGUUGACAACGGGUGCGACAACAACAAGCUUCGCGGUAAUGCUUUAUCUGGUGAACAUGAACGGAGGCCGAUUGUGCAGGAAACCGCCGCAAGCGACGUAACAGAACCUCCCUCGAGAACAUCCUUGGACAGCACUUCGAGCGGAGUGGUUCCGUCAACGAUCCCAUCCAGCGCAGGAGAACCGGCUGUUAAUCCUUACCUGACAAAGACACGCAACGUUCUACACGUGGAGGAUGAAGAGCAUGAGGAGAACGAUGAAGAGGAUGAUGAAGAUGAAUACGAUGAGGAAUAUGACGACGAGUACUCCGAGGACUAUGACGAGGAUGAGGAGGAAGAGGAUGACUACUCUUAUUCAGAGGAUGAAGGCGAGGACGAGGAAGAGGAUGAGGAGUCAAUGCAGGAAUAUCACUGCGGUGUUCGCGAUGAUCCCAAAGCGAGGGCGGCAGCAAAAGGUCGAUCACCACACCCUAGUCAAUAUCCACGCUCGGGUUUUCAUCAUUACCGACCAAGGUUGGACGAAAACUUCUUACAGAAGCGAGCCAUCACAAAACAAGUGGUUCGUCGGUCAAGUUUAACGGCUCUACUGGGAGAGGCAUCUCAGCCUGAGCAGGACCGCAGAAACCAUACCAUGCGUGCGCCCGCGAUGUCAUUUGGACCGCAUCAUCGACACAACGCUGCUCCAGUCCGUCGUCCUGUCAUAUCAAGCGUUUGGGCAAAUGCUGGUGGUGCUCAAACGAAUGUGACGCCAUUGAAUGCCAAUACCGUGGAGGUGAGGGUGAAUGGCGGCCAUCAAGUCAAUGGACAGGCCGAGAAGGCCCCCGAGGCGACACUCGACUCGCGUGCUAGUGCCUUGGCAGACCAACCUCGCCAAUCUAUCGCAGGGCCCACUCAUGUCGCGCUCACCAAGUUGCCAAGUAUGCAUGAGCUGCAUCGCCCUCAACGGAUCGAUUCAGGUGUUGGGGUGAAGCUCUCUUCCAACCAUCAAGGACUCAACGACAGCAAUAAUAGCAGUAACAGCUCCGAAGACAAGCAAUCGCGUCGAUUUGUCAUUGAAACCGCCACUGCGACAUCAUCGUCCUCCCCCACAUCACAACACUUGCUCGAUACUGAAGGAGGUACUUCUCCACCUAUCGCGAUUACAUCUACACGACGCUCAAGAGUCAAGUCCGAAGGUGACGACAGCUCAGAGCAUGGCUCACUGCGCCUUUGCCCUUCCACUGGAUACGGCACUCUAGAAGGCGAGGGUUCCAGUUCAGCUAGUGGGUCGAGGCCGUUGCAGUCCGGGAAACCCCUCAAGUCGUCCAUCAGCUGCCACACAUUCCCGCGCGCUGCUGGAAAACGCACAGGACAAAAACACGUCUCUUGGCACCACUCGCUCUUCCCGACAGAGCGUGUGUUGCGCGUCAAGCCAAGUUUGCCCAGUCUUUCGAAUGUCGCUGCAGAAUCUGCGCAGGCCACCUUACUACAGCUCCCAAGUGUCCCAGUCAUGGCCAGGGAUAAUGUGAAGCAGUUCCAUCAGUCGAUCCGGAGUCUGCGGACUUUGUCAAGGAUCGAGAUUGCCAAGACGAGUUACAAGCAGCAGGGGCGACAAGAACUGACGUCUCCGAUGCCGAUUUCAAAGUCUGCAAAUGACUCUGUCCCUUGGUGGAAUCUAUCACGAUGGCUCAAAGGGCCGGUCGUGAUCGAUAAGAGACAUUGGAAGCCUGACAACUCUCGCGAAUCCUGUGCUUACUGCUUCACUCCUUUCCACCGUUUUACCAACCCUCGCCACCACUGCCGGAAAUGUGGAGACAUUUUCUGUAGUAAGUGUGCCAGUGCCGAGAUCCUGAUGGACGCUAAGAACUGUGUCUAUGUACAACAGUCUCAGCUCGCGCGCUGGUCGCGGAGGGUUGAUCUUCAGCGACACAGUCUCUGGAUCGAUACUCUUCCGCAGCUGCAUCCUGUCCGGACCGCAGCAGAGUCAGGCUUGGUGGCGACAGAUGGGCAUGGCUCCAUUGGACACGCCAGUGGUAUUGCCGGUGGCGUAGGCGUUCUCGGAGGUGUCGGCAGCGGUAGUGGCCGUAGAGGAUCUUGGCAAAUGGUCCCCGGAGCUGGCAAGAAGUCGCGACUAAGUAUCUUUGGUCUCUUUGGAAACGGCGCUCCAACCUCGAUCACAGGGAGCAUCGCCUCAGACUCUCGUCGAGGCAGCAUGGAUGUUGCGAGCGCCGAGAAUGUGUAUGCGAGCCAUUAUAGCCAUCUGCAACCGCACUCACAGAACCCUACGAUCACGUUCUCCGCCGGCAGACGACCGAGCUCAUCCUCGAUCAUGAGAAACAGCUUGAGCGGCACAUCUAGCCACCUAAUGAUAACGGGUGCACCGCUUGGCUCGAACGACGUUGGAAUGGCGCCGAUCGCAAUGUCUCGCAGGAUGAGCUCCGGAGGAGUAGGAGAGGUCUGUCUAGCCAGGAUUUGUGUGGGAUGCGAACGUGAGCUUCUCAAGCCUGUUCCCAGAUGCACGUCCAUCGCGAAGUACUACGGAUCCCUCAGCUCCAGGGGUGGACAUCGGCCGCGCAUUCAUGGAUACUCGAGCCUUGGUCCGCAUGCAGGUCGACAGCAUCCAGGUCCCCAUCCAGGACCGCACGUCGGACCUCCAGCUGGACCGCUACAUCCCAUGGAUAAAGAUGUCGACCCAACCGUCACUGCAAACCACGAUUAUCUUCCCAACGGCGUUCGCCGACAUUCUCCCCUUCGACAAAUCACACACAUGUCCAGCUAUGUUCAGGAGGAACAUCCAGUGUCACACAACGGUCCGUCCAAUAGUGGCCAUGGAUAUAAUGAUGGAGGGGCAGAGGGACACGCCAAUGGUGCGAAUGCAGGAUGGAACCCGAGGGAAGAGCCUGUGGGACCGCAUGGAGAGCCGAGAUAUCAACCUAGCGUCUUGACCUUUCAGGAGCAGCAGCUUCAUUAUACCCAACAGACGCUGGGACCCAUGUACCGCGAACUAUGCUAA